GCCAAUGUCGGUCCCAAGCCCGAAUGAAAAAGGUGGAGGGUUGCUUAAGGCCAUAAAAAGCCAGUGUUGAAAACAUGUUAGUACUCAUAAGCAUGAUCCUAACCGUUUCAUGGUAAGACUAGUCCGUCACAAUAAAUUGAUGCAACAUAUAUUGACCUCUUCAGUUAUUAUGAGAAAUAGAGUUUUCUGUUCCUAAUUCUAACAUUUAAAGUGCCCAUUAGUUCUUUAAAUCAAGGUCUGCAAUACCGAAUGAUACUGCUCGUAUCGAGCGGUACAUACCGGUCCGUCAAUAGACUAGUACACGGACCGCCCGCUACCGAGCGGUACCAUCAAUUAAGGCAUUAUCGUUAUCGAUUGAGGUGUUAUUAUCGACGGUGAUCGAGGGAGAAGAAAGAAGAGGGAGAAGACGAAGAAAGAAAUAGGAAAAAAAGGUAGAACCUAGAUGUCACCUCUCUCCUCCUCGUCUGUCGACGACUUCUCAUCUGUGCGUGGGAGAAGAGGCAUCGACUUGUGGGGCGGAGAGAAGCGAAGAUUUUUUUUUUCUUCUCUUCUUAGGCAAUGUCGCCUCGGGCAUCAUCGCAAUAUUUUUGUUUUUUAGAUGUCGUAAUUUUUUUUUAUCUGCGACGUCACCCCGCAUAGAGGUAAACUGUGCGGUUUACCUAUAUAUAUAUAUAUAUAUAUAUAUAUAUAUAUAUAUAUACACACACACACAACGGUAUACCAAAAUAUACCACUCGGUAUAUAGUAUCAUACCGUAUCGAAUAAGUCUUGAAAUUUUGGUAUGGUACAUAAUUUCAAUCCUUGAUUUAAGUGACUUCUUUUAUGGACUAACAUGCAAAUAUCGGGACUGUGUAACUUAUAUAUCAUGAACUAGCAUUGUCCAUAAUGUAAGUUACUCAUCUAAGAAACCAACAAGUAUGCUUUCUGUGGAUGAUAAUUGUUAGGACGAGAAAUCAUAGCAUGUGGAUAAGGUUCUUAAUGGUGAAAUUUUAUAGGUUGGAUCAAGGUAUGCAAUACCGUACCGUAUUAGUAUUUCGAGGUUGGCUCGGUAUGGUACAGUACCGUAUACCGAGCGGUACGCUAGGGUGUACCAAGCGGUACACCUAAUUUAGGUGUAAGACCCUCCGAAAAUACCUAAAAAUAAAAAAAAAAGUUAGGAUAGGAUUUUUAAGUUAGAAAUAAAUAUAGUAAUAGCAUAAGUUUAGUAAAAUCAAUGUAAAUUAGGUAAGAAUAGUAUCAUUAUUUUUUUCAGGCUUUGAAGAAUAUCUUAUGCAAGGUUCAUAUUUCAGUUUAGUACGGAUUAUCCUUAUGUAAACAUACCUCUUGAUUAGAAAGUUCUUCCUCUUAAUCUUCCUAAAUUAGCUUCGAUUCAAUUCACAAAUCGUUGUUUUGUAGAAUUUAGAAAAGCACAAAUGUGAGAAAAAAAGAGUUUGAGAUAGUUUAAGAGAGUAUGAGAAUGUAAUGGAGUGAAAUAAAGGAGAAGAAGGGUUUAAAUACCAUAAGAAAGGGUUCCAACGGUCAAUUUGACCAUUGGAGCACCGUAUCACUAUUACCGAGCGGUUUUAAAUAUUUCUUCCUCUUACUGUAGCAUUGUAGCACUCUAGCAUGUUCUGUCUGGUAGCGGGCGGUUCGCGUACCGGUAUGUCGUCGGAUCGGUACGUAUCGCCCGUACCGGGUGGUACCAUUCUAAAUUGGUUGGAUCAAGAUUGACAAUCCUUGGAACAUGAUGAGAUAAACUACUCCACUCUAUUUGACUUUGUGAACUAAAACUUGAUGGUUAAUUUUUUUUUAAACUUUUUAUUGGCAGCUACAAUGACAUAUAUGAAUCUCCAAUUGAAUUGUGAGAGACACGAUGGCUAUGCAGGUCCAUUUCUCAAAGGAUUUGGACUGCCAUUUACAAGGAUAAGUCUCCACAUUGUUAGUUACAGAUGUUCUUCUGUUUCUUCUUUGCAUUUUGUUCUGUAAUAUUUUGUGUCAAACAUUGAAAUAAUUAUAGAUGAUGUGUUCCAUAUUACUUAAUAGAAAUUCUUUUGCUUUUUGGCUUUCCACGUGUUCAAAAGUGUUCUUUCUUAGUUUAGAGGAUUCCACAAUAAGUUUAUGAAGAAACUAAUGUUAAUUAAAUUAUUUUUUCAUGCAUAUUAUGUGAAUGGAUAUGGUUUCUUAUCAAAUCAAUUUACAACCUGAUUUGGCAAUUUUGUACUUGAAUAGUUGGGUGUGUCUUCAAUAUUUGAUGAAAUUGUUAAAACUGAAGUAACCAGGCACAUGCAACCUACUGAUUACUUGAGCUUGUUUGGGGAAGAAUUCAAAUGAACUGAAGAUUAUUGGGAUGCUUCUUAUUUGAAUGUCUUGGAUAUAUCUGCAGCGGAAGAAGGCAGUCCUCAUGUCUUAUUUGGAUGUGCUUCACAAGCUAAAGCAGCAUGUGUAUUGAUUGAUUUAUGCUUUGGACCAUUAUCACCAUGGAUAUAUACAAUUACUGCAAAGGUUGAUCUUGCAAUUGAACUUCCGGAGGACCUCUUGGUGUUAUUCAAGAUAGGAUGAUGAUGUUAAAGUAAUAGCCAGAACUGUUGGAUUGCACCGUCUGAUCUCGUUAAAUUUUUAUCUGUUUCUUCAAAAAUAUGUUCAGCCUCAUCAAUGUGAUGUCACCGAUUUGCUUGCUGCAGCUGUCCAGGCCUGCCAUGAUAUGGUUGUGCUUUUUUUACUGUAGAUUUUCUAAGCGUUCAUAGUCAAGGCAUGCUGUUCCCAGUUCUGUUCUUCAGAUAGAAGAACUCAUCGAUGUUGUUUUUAUUUGAAUAGUACCUCCUGAUGCGGUUGAACCCUUAUUUAAACAAAUUGUGAAUCAAUUUGUGCAUGAUCGUUCUCGCACAGAGGCCAUUGCUGUUGGGCUGAAUGUUGUGAGGGAGAUCUGUAUCACGAUGCCUUUGUUAAUGAAUGAAGAUCUGCUUCAAGACUUGGUCUUGUACAAAAAAUCACAUGAGAAGGCAGUUUCUUCAGCAGCUCGCUCCUUGAUAACUUUAUUCAGAGAGAUAUGCCCUUCUUUAUUGGUCAAAAAGGACCGUGGCCGUCCGGUCAAUCCCAAAGCAAGGCCAAAAGCAUAUGGAGAAGUUAGUAUAGCUACUGAUGUGCCUGACAUAGAGUUGCUGGAACACGUUGAUAACUCGAUGACUGACAGUUCUGAUGCUGAGGCUUCUGCAUCAGAUUUGGAUGAUGAGUCUGACAGUGAUGCUGAGACAGAGAAAGAGGAUGAUUCUUUGGAAGAUGAAGAAGAGGAUGAUGAGGUUUCAGAUGAAAAAAAUGAAGAAGAUUUAGGUAACAGUGAUAACAUUGAUGGGGAGGAAGAUGAUGGUGAUGAUCUUGAUGAUGAUACUGAUGAGAAUGCUGCCUAUGAUGAAUAUGAUAGUGAUACUAAAGAAGAUGUGGAUCUUAGUGAUGAUAAUAUGGAUAUCUCCAGUGAGCUAGAUGCAUCAAGGAAAAAGUCUUCUAAUGACAUCUGCAAUGAUGAUGACCUCAGUAAUCAUGAAUGCGCUUGUGAUGACAACGAUGAAAUAAAGGAAGAGGAGAAGGCCAAAUCAAAGAAGAGGAAGUUUGGGGAUUAUGUUGGACAACUGAAUACUUCAGAAUCAAGUCUUCGCACCCUUAAAAGACUAACAAUGGCCAAGAUGUCACAGAAAGCAUCAGAUGAAACAGAUGGAAUUCUUUCUAAUGAAGAUUUUCAACGUAUAAAAGAGUUGAAGGCAAAGAAAGAAGCAAAGCUGCUUAUGGCUCAGCAAGGUCUUUUGAGAAAGGGUAUAGACUCGAAAGUCUCAUCUUUCAAAAUUCCCUCUUCUGAGCAAUUAAGUAUAAAGCCAGUGGAUCCUGCUAUGCUAGAGGUCCACAUUAAAAGAAAGCUUAGCAAGGAGGAACUACUGGCCCUAGUAAGAGCUGGGAGGGAGGAUAGAGGAAAGUAUCAGGCCAGAACUGUUGUGAAACAAAAAAAGACGGGUGGUCUAAGCAAUCGCCAAAAGGAACAUAAAAAGAAGAUGCCUCUUUCUGCCAAAAGAGCAAAAGUAGCUCGCUCUAGGCAGGAGAAAAAACAGUGGCAAAGGCGAUCAGGCAAGCAGUUCCAGGGAAGGAAAGCAUGGAAGUGACAAAAUUUCAUAGCUUCCUAAAAUUUCAUGGCUUCGUAAAGUGACAAGAUUUCGUAAAAUUUUGACCCCAUGCAGUUUCUUCCAUUAGAAAAUUUCAUUUCAAAAGUUAUGAUUUCUGCUUAAAAUUUUGAUUUAUUUUCUUCUGUUGUGUAAAUCUUUAGCUGAUUUCAGACGAGCUAUAUGUAAAUCAAAGCUGCCUUUUGUCUUAGUUGAAUGCUGUUGCAAGGAAAUAGAGCAACAGAUUUUAUUGAUUGUGUUUCAAUGCAUCCAUUUCCCAGAA